GUAUCUUACAUGCAACGGCUCUUGGUGGAACAACCGGCGCUCGAGCUCGUGUCCUGCGCCGACUGCGAUCAGUGCCCGGGGCCCCCGCGCGCCGUCUCGAGACUCGAGCCCCGGCGGCCGGCAGCUGUCUGGCGUGGGCGCCCGCGCCGCCGGUCGCGCUCUCGACGGCGUAUCUGCGUCGCCGACGAGGUCUGCGUGCGCACGGACAGCAGCUGCACGCGUACGUCGCUUCGUCGAGGCAUUGGCCCUCGACCAGAAGAUCGUCCAGCCGUUCCGCGAGGCGUCCACGCUGUCCGCACCGUCGGAAGCACGAAGCUCGUUGUCGGCUUUGUACGGGGAGAACGGCGCGGCCGCGGCGACAGCCGUCGAAGCAGUAGACGAUGCCGUCCUAUCGGGGAGAGCUCCGACUACCAAACAAGCACGCCAUAGCCGCGUCGCAUCAGGCCGCGGAUUCUAACGCAGCGCUUCCUCGGCGCGGGCGCGGUGCUGUUCGCGGCGAGGCGUGGCGCGGCGACGACGUCGCGUCCGCCCUUGCUCGUGGCCACGGCCUGCUUGGUUCCGGCUGCGGCGGCAUCGACGGCGGCGUUGACGCGGACUUGGUGAGGAAACGCUGCUCCGUGGGCCGUGUGUCGCGCGCGUCGCGCCCGGCAGCCGGGUCCGGCUUCGUGCGGCGGCCGCGUCGACGACGUCGUGCUUGGCUCGGCUCUCAGCUCAGAGGCAGGAGGAGCAGUCCUCAAAUCGAUGCUCUCCAACGCGCACUGGUCGCGUACGUGUCUUGUGGCGUGUCACAAGCUUUUGGGCAGCCCUUUCGGGCGGCUUGAUCGCGCAGACGGCGUCGCGAACCGGCCAAACAAAAAGCGG